AUAUCCACAUGGGCGUGGUCAGUGCGGUUGUAGCCCCGCCCUCAGUGUGUCUCCUAGCAGCAGUAUCAAGAGUCUGGACUCCAGACAGUUCGAGUGAGACCCACCAGGAGUUCUCACUUCCACAACCGGGGCAUGAAGACGGUCUCAGACUGACGUCGAGGCGGAACCGGAACCAUGGAGGACCGGUUCCACCGGGCGGCCAGUGACGGGUUCCUCGGGGUGCUGAAGGAGGCCAACAGGAAGCAGCUGAACGCUCCUGAUGAAGAUGGGAUGACACCGACUCUGUGGGCCGCCUACCACGGCCAGCUGGAGGCGCUGCGGCUCAUCGUCAGCCGCGGCGGCGACCCUGACAAAUGUGACAUUUGGGGGAACACGCCGCUCCACCUGGCGGCGGCUAACGGUCACCACAGUUGCUUGUCCUUCCUGGUGGCCUUUGGCGCCAACGUGUGGUGUCUGGACAACGACUACCACACACCACUGGACAUGGCUGCCACCAAGGGUCACAUGGCCUGUGUUCGCUACCUGGACUCCAUCGCUGCCAAGCAGAUAACGCUCAACCCCAAACUGGUGGGAAAACUGAAGGAUCGGGCUUUUCGCGCUGCGGAGAGACGGAUCAAAGAGUGCGCCAAACUUCAGAGGAAACACCGUGAACGCAUGGAGAGGAAGUUCCUGAAGGAAACAGCGGCGCUGGACAACAUGGACGCUGUUAGCUUCUCCAGCUACAACAGCGGCAGCACACUCAGUCGCAAGUUCAACACUAUGACUGCCAACGCUAAUGUUCCGUACUCACAGGCCACACUUCACUCCACAGCCAAAGGAAAAGCGAAGAUCCAGAAGAAGCUGGAGAAGAAGAAGCAGGUGGACGGAACCUUCAAGAUCUACGAGGACGGGAGGAAAAGUGUGCGCUCGCUCUCUGGGCUGCAGCUGGGGAACGACGUCAUGUUCCUGAAACAGGGAACUUACGCAAAUCCCAGGGAGAAAUCUCGCCUCAACAUCCGCUACAUGUUCCGUGAAGAUGAAGACGACGCCGACACCGUCUCCCGUGCCAUGAGUGACCCGGGUCUCCACGAGGCCGCGUACUCGGAGAUCAGUGCCGACUCCGGCCGCGAUUCCCUCUUCAACCGUCCAGGACUGGGCUCCAUGGUGUUCCGGAGGAACUAUCUGAGCGGGGGAAUGUUUGGGAUCGGGGUUCAGGAUGAGGGAAGUGUGGCCGGAAGUGAACCGGUGGGUCGGGCCCCCAACGUUCGCCUCCGUGGACACCUGCCACCACCCUCCCCCAGCAUCGAUGGAGACAGUAUUGGCAGCGCUCUGAGUCUUCAGGAGAGGAACCUGCAGGAACUUCCCUGGGAGGACACGGAAGUGGGUCUGGACCAGGACCUGGAGCCAGACAACAGUCCUCUGGAGACCUUCUUAGCCUCACAGGGCCUGAGCGAGUUCCUGAUGAUCUUCAGGAGGGAGAGGAUCGACCUGAACGCCCUGCUGCUGUGUUCAGACCAGGACCUGUCCAGCAUACACGUCCCGCUGGGACCCAGAAAGAAACUACUGGACGCCUGCAAGAGACGUUUGGACACUUUGGAGGAACCAGAGACCAUAGAGGACACGGAGCUGUGAAGACCUCCACCUGUCCAGUCCACUCAGCAGAAAUGGAUUUUCUCUGGGAAAAAUAUUUGUGGCAAAUUAUUCUCCAAAGUUUCCUGUUUUUAGUUGAAACUAUUUUUUUAAAGUUUGAUUUUAUUUUUACUACUUUCUGUUUGUUCCAUGGAAAAUGAAGGAUUUCAUCUCCAACUCCAGACGGUGUAAUAAUAAUCUAUAAUAAUUUCUAAUCUAAGGGAUUAUGUCAUAGUCAGUUUUAAUCUUUAAAGAUGUAGUUUUUUAUAUUUUUAUUUUUUAUUUAAAUCUUAAUCUCAGAAGUUCAUCACUGAAGUCAUAACUUUUUUAGAAAUAAUUAUCCACGUGACCCCAUCCACUAACUUAACAGAACCAACAGCCGGAUGUGUUUUUCUGGCUGACCACCACCAUCUUGUGGACAUUUGUGAUAUAACAAUAAAGGAAAAUCAAGCAUGGACGCAUGGAAACCGGUCACACCGUUAUUUAUCUCAGUAUUUAUAUAAGAAAUAAUGAAGGGAAGGGUCAGUGAAGGCAUCACAGUAAAUGAACCUGAACGUGUCCGACACACAGUAACAGUCUGAGCAGACUGUUGUUGUUGUUGUUGUUGGUGUUGUUGUCACUGUUGUCUCCAGGAAUGUAUUUUAUGUAAGAGAUAAAAAAUGUGUUUUUGAAUAAAAAUGAAUAAAACUA